UGGUUGUCUAGGAGCGAGGCGGGCGGAGUGGGCGUGGCCUCCGCGCGGGCGGGGCGCCAGCCGCGGGCAUGGAGUCUCGGACGAAGGUUUUGCAGCUGUUUAAAACUUUGCACAGAACGCGACAACAGGUGUUUAAAAAUGAUGUCGAAGCUCUAGAAGCCGCAAGGCGGAAGAUAAAUGAAGAAUUUAGAAAUAAUCAAGGCGAGACAUCUUCUGAGAAAAUAGAGGAGCUAAUGAAAAUAGGUUUGGAUGUUGAAGUUAUACUGAGAACUUCUGUUAUUCAGGGAGUUCACACAGGUCCUGACAGAUUGUUGCUUAUACCCAGGAAAGAUCUGCUACUAGACAACGUUCCUUAUCGUGACAUGCCAACACAAAAACACAAACCUUGAGAGAAUAAAGUAUAUUUCUUUUUUUUUCCUCAAAAGCGAGAUUAAUUUCCUGUAAUGAAAUCCCUGAAAACAAGUACCUGAUAUGUCUCCCUUCAGACUAAAUUUAGAAAAAUAUUGAAUCCUGUUGUUAGGAAAUAAAGAUUAAAACCAAUCCACUGAUUAUACUCAGAUUUAGGAGGGUAUAUUUGAGAGGCAAGACUAAUGUCACUCAUUUCUGAAUGACCUUUUGCUUCACUGUAAGGGAUUACAUUUCCACAGAAACUCAAAUUAUAUUGUAUUCUAAAAAUAUACUAGGUAUGCUACAUUAUCUUUGCAAGCACUGGCUAUUAUCAUUUCUGAUAAGCUCUGCAUAAAAAUUUCAUAACAAUUCAGGAUUUUUACGAAGCUAAACAAUACUUACAAAAAUAAUUUACAACUUGCAGCCCUAAAAAUAUGUAUUUGUAAAAUCAAUAACAAAGGUACAUGGCUGCAAAAUGACAAUGUGAAAAACUGUGCUAUGGGAUAUCGUUACCUUUUAAGUGUAUAAAUUGUACCACCAGCGUUUUCUGAAAUAACUUUACUGUAUGUCAUUCUAGUGUGUGAGAGGUUGAUUUGAGGCUCCUCAAAUAGAUUCUCUUCAGCCUUUGCAGAUGGGGGAAAGUGAAUCUGUUGUUGAUCAUUAACAUGUAAGAAUGGCCUA